UGCUAACGUUAGCUCACAUCACUGUGGACUUCAGAAUGCCAGCUCCAAAGAGAGGAUCAUCUCCUCAUGAUCCUCAGCCCAAGAUGAGGAAGUUGGAUGAGGACGGGGAUUCUCUGCCGUCCAAAACUGCACCAGCUACCAAUAAUAACUCCCUUAAAACAGGAAAUACGCAAGAUAACACAGCAGCUCCACGGACUAAGAUAAAACUGUCUGCUUCAGUUGAAGGGGGGAAUAAACCAGCCAAUUCAUCCAAACAGAGUUCCCCUCCAAAAGACUCCAGCAGAACCAUUUCUGACCCACCUGUCAAAAAAGCCAAGCUCCUGAAAGCCACAAGUGCCUCCUGCGGAGAAGCUCCCUCACAGAAAGCUAACUCCAAAGCCUCCCUGAAGCGGGCAGCCUCCACAGAGUCUGAGGAUGAGUUGAGUAGUGAUGAAAGUAAGACUGACCUCUUCAGAGAGAGGGAUGAUGGCGACAAGGCCCGCUGCAUCAGAAAAUAUUCAAAUAAAGUGAAAGCUAAGCGCAAGGCUGAAGAAUUAACGUCUGACCCACAGGAGAUUAGCCAAGGGUCGCCGUCCGCAGCUGGAGACCCCGUUCAGAUGGACCACAAUUACGGCAGAUUUUCAGAUUCAAGUGUGGAGGCUGAUCAGGAUGAGAGAAAAGAAUCUGCACAGUCGGAAGGACAGAGACGAGACGUUUCAGUUAAUGCAGCACAAGCAGAGUCAAAGGAAACUUUAGUUUCUAUACGAGAGAGUGCAAACGCGAGUGUUGAGUCUGCAGCUGAUGAAAGUAAACAUGAGGAAUUUAAAAAUGUGGACAGCAGAAAGCUCAUAGAUAAUGAAGCACGAGAGUCAUGUAGAGAAAUAUUAGAUUCUGUCACUGCAGCUGCUGCAGGGUCGCCUUGCAUUGUAUCCGAAAAUGAAAAGAAGGACGUUGCCAUCGAAAGCCAAAAGGAUGAUAAUGAAAAACUUGUGACAUCAGAGCAAACAUUAUAUUCUGGUGCUGAAGAGGCAAAUCCUGGCUGUGAAGGUGAAGCACAGGUGGAAGAAAGGACGGUUUGCAAAAGUCAGACAGAUGUGAGCAGUGGAACAGAAACAGCGGAGGCUGCAGAGUCUGUUUCUGAGGAGGUAAAGCUGGAUGUGACUUUUAAAAGUAAGGAAGGAGAGCAUAAAGUGCAGGAAGUGUUUGAAGCAGCCAGUGUCUCUGCAGACCUCAGUGAUGUAGAAGAUAAAGCACUGUCAAAUGCAACAAACUCUGCUCCACAAAAAGUCCUGGUAGGAGGUAGUAAUCCAGAGACUGAGGAAACUCUAACAAAGUCCAGUCCAGAGACUCAAACAGACCUCAGUGUCAAAAUUCAAGUCACUUUCAAAGAGGAGACAAAAUCUGAGGAUCGAGUGAGCCAUGAAGUGCCACUUACCAUCUCCAACUCAUGUGACGGCGUGAGCAAAAUAGACAGAAAGUCUGAAGAAAAGCUCGAGGAAAGGAAGGGAGUGGAGUUUGUGUCGACGCAGACUGAUGCUGGUCCUCGGUCUUUUGCUGAGCUACAGCUGAACCAGGAGGCGAUGGACAAGACGACUGACAGCUGUACCGAAAUGCUUACACCAGAUUGUGAGGUUGUUCCUGAGCAAAGUGAGGUGCUUUCCGAUUAUGUCACAGUCUCAGAGGGUGGGAUGGACGUGGAGACUGGAAUAACAUCAGAGAAGACUGACUCAGCACCAAAAGAGGAUAAACAAAACCCCGGGGACCACAAAGGUGAUGAACACACUACAGAAAUACCUGUUAAAGUCAAAGAAGAUGCAAGUGAAGAAAAAGAGAUCAACUCUGAUCUCGCCACUUCAACAACCGAGCAGGAGAUUUCUAAUCAAGUGGAAUUACAAAACCAAAAGAGCCUGGAUGUCAGUGAACGUGCCACAGACAUAUCAACAGAUCAUGUGAUUAAUUCUAAAAUAAUGGAAAAUGAAGAAAACUUUGGACCUGAAAGACAAACUACAAUGACAUUGGAGAUUUCUAAUCCUGCAUUUACAGUGGAAGUACAAAGCCAGGAGAAGCCGGCAGAAAGUGAGCGCACCGUUGACCUGUCUGAUGAAGCACACGAACUUCCAAAUUGUCCGAACACGAAACAUGAAGGCAGCACUGAUGCUGAGAAUCAAAUGAAAAUGGACAUGCAGACUGCAACAACAUCAGGGGAAAGUUUUAAUGUUGCUUCUACAGUGAAAAUACAAAGCCAGGAAGUCAGUGAACCAACCACGGACAUAUCUUCUAAACUUCACGAUGAUCAUACGGUUGAAAAUAUGGAAAAUGGAAACAAGUUGGACUUUGAAUCUCAGUCUGUACAUGAGAGUCAAAUCGAAAUGGAAAUUCAGGCUACAUCAACACCAGAGGUUUCAAAUCCAGCUGCUUUAGUGGAAAUGCAGAAACACCAAAUAGAAGUGGACAUGCAGACUACAACAUCGGAGGAGAUAUCUAAUGGUGCACCCACAGUUCAAAUACAGUGUCAGAAUAGACUAACUGAAGUGCAAAUGGAGACUGUAGCGACAGUAGAGAUCUCAAACACGGCACCUACACUAGAAACACAACCCCAGAGGAGCCAAGAAGUCAUUGAACCUGCAGCAGACGUAUCCGAGAAAGUUCAAGAAGGUCUAAUGAUUGAGUCUCCUGAGAGUAAUGGGAACGACAACAAGGUUAUCACAGAGUGUGUCAGUGCAGCUGAGAGUCAAAGAGAAAUGGAUUUGCAGACAACACCAGAGGAGGCUUCUGAUCUGACAACUACAGUAGACACACAAAUCCAGAGAGGCCAGGAGGUCGGUGAACUCACUACAGACACUGAAGUACUAAAAGAUUUUAUUGUUGGCAACGCUGAGAGUGAAGGGGACAAGGUUAUCGCAGAAUGUGUGGACGCUACCGAGAUCCAAACACAAAUGGAUGCCCAAACACCAGAGGAGAUUUCUAAUCCUCCAUCUACAGUGGAAAUACAAAGCGGGGAGGCCAGUGAACUCGACACAGAAGUUCAAAAAGAUCAAAUGACUGAAAGUUGUGAGAGUGAAGAAAAUGAAGACAAAGUUGCUGCUGAAUGUGUUGAUGUUGCAGAGGUUAAAAUAAAUAUGGAAACUCCUGCAGAACAAGAGGAGAUUUCUGAAAACCAUGGGAUGGAAGAAGUCAAUGAACCCGCCACAGCCUUAUCAAAUGAAACUCCCAAACCUCUUCCUAUGGUGGACAGUAGGGAUAAUGAAUACAUGCAGACGGAGCCCAGUGCUGGGGAGAUCCAAGGGGAUAUGAAUGUAAUAAGUGGAUCAAUAGGAAGGGUAGAUUCUGCUUUAGAAGAGGAAACAGGGAGGCAAGCGAUUAAUGAGGUCAAAGAAGAGGCCGCAGUCAUUUCCUCUGAUAAAUCUGGCAAUAUUGAAGGACAAGGAGAAGGAACUGGAAGCAGUGAACUAAUAGUUUUUGUUUGUGGGCAACCAGAUGAUGCUGAUUUUGUAAUCCAGGCAUCAGCAGAGCAGAUUAAGACGGAUAAUCAGCCAGAGGUUCAUGAAAACCAGAUAGUGUAUGAGCCCAUCAGUAGUCCAGAGAGUAUUGAUGAAAGAGACAUUCCUACAGUAUCAGAAAACCAUGAAGGUUUGUCUUUACUGGACAUACAGAGCGCCCAGCAGAUGGCGAGAGAUUCGUCUACGAUUGAAGAAAAUAACCAACAGCUUGAAAAUGAAGAAAGCGUAAAACAAAUUUCAGUUUCAGGAAGCCAAGACGUUGAAAUGGAAGCUGUCAGAGUGCCAGAGAGUUGUCUCCCUGCACAGUUGGAGCACAUGAAUGUGGACGUGAAGCAAGUUGCAGUGAUCAGCUCCAGCGAUGACAUCAGCACGCCAGAUGGCCUCUCAGAAGAUGCAACAGAAAAAAGUGAAACUAAUGGGUAUCCAGACUGCGUCAGUGCCACAGAGUUUUCUGAGCAGGUGCAGGAGGACGUCAGAGUUCAGGAGGUCACAGACGUCACAGUGACAACAACUACGGCCGCAACUAUAGUCGAAAUACCAGACAGCACAUCUGAGGAGUUUGUGAUCUUAGAGCCAGUCCCUGACAGUGAAAUUCACUUUGAUAUUGUCACUCAAGCAGCGGCUGAAUCAGGUUUGUCAGCCUCGCUUUCAGAGCAGGUGAAUCCAGACAGUGCUUUGGUAGGCGCAGAGGAAAAUCAAAGGAUUUUAAACGGUUCCCAACAAACUGUCUUCCCUGAGGCAGAAGUGCAGCAAUGUCAAACAACUGAUGAGAUCAAAGUGACGAAUUCAAGUGAGGUAUUAAAUCAGGAGAUCAUGCUGGGGAAGGAAGCUUCACCUGAGGAAGGCGUUGAAGAUAUUCAAAAUUCUGACCACAGCCAGCAACCGUCAUCUGACAUGAUGGAAGUUAAUACUUCAGAGAUCUCUCAUCCUCACAUCACAAAUGAAGACUGUAAUGCAGGGGUGAUAGCUAACGCUGAGGCUAAUCUGGACCUACAAGAAGUGCAGAUUCUGGAGGAUAUAGAGAUCGGACGUGAGAUCGUAGUAGCGGAGGAAGAAAACGAUGAAGAUAGUGACAUUAUGAUAAUAGAAAAACCCCAGGAGACAACUGAGGCAACCCCUCCUAAGAAGUCUGAGCAAAAGGUUGAAGAGGAAAGUAAAGAAAACACUUGUGGGACCAGCUUGAAGCAAAACAGCUCAGCUGAAAAGACUGAGGAGGAUAAAAAGGAACAGGAGCCAGAAAAACCCAAGAAACAAGAGAUGAACACGCAGGCCAGAACCAAAGCUCGGCUGGCAGCUCUGGCAGAGCAAAAAGCUGCAGCUUCUAAAAGGACAGCCAACAGACAGCAGCUGAACCUGUUAGCUUUGUGUCAGGAGAUCGCGGAGGACAUCGCCACAGACAGCAUGCUGUUGAAGAGGAUAGAAGAAGAAAAACAAGCAGCAGCAGCAGCGGCAGCAGCGGCGGCGGCAGCAGCGGCGGCGGCGGCAGCAGCGGCGGCGGCAGCAGCGGCAGCGGCUGCAGGAGCAAAGAGUGAAGGAAACAAUAAGGAAAUUCCACCUGUUAACAUGCAGGAGGCAGACGCUGGUAAUGUUGCGACUCCUGCUGGGCCAGAAGGGAGCUCGGCGUCGGCGACCCCUGCUGAGGAUGCACCUACAGCCCAGCCUCCGUCAAACGAUUCAGCCGAGGCAAAGCCUGCUGCAGAGCCUCCAAAGAGGCGUUUCUUCGUCACACAGAUUUCAGUGCCACUGAAGGCUCAUGAGAAAAAGAAGCUAACUAGAUAUCAAAGAUUAAGGCAGGUGGAGCUGCAGAGAGAGAAAAUGUCUUGGGCACGUGUGAAGAAACUUAAGUCAGACCAAGCAAAUCAGAUGUUCUCGGACUUAGAUUGGCAGACACCGAUGUCCUCAUUCUCAGUGACUCCUGUGACCACAGCCUCUCCACCUGCACCAUCCAAAACACCUCUCCCAAGUCCUGCUCCAGCUAGUAAGCCCGCUACACCCAAGGCAGAAGCUUCUAAGAUUGACACUCCGAAAGCUGAACCCAGUAAGACUGAACCCACUAAAACAGAAACCUCCAAAACAGAACCCACAAAACCUGAACCUGCGAAAGCUGAAGCCUCCAAAACUGAGACUCCUAAUGCUGGAACCCGUAAAUCUACAAGGCAAACUAAGGCUCAAGCUCCAAAAGAAACUCCUGCUCCGGGGCCUGCACCAAAAGUGACCAGAUCAGCAGCCAAGAGGACCCUCCCAGCAGUACCCCCGCCCAUGCCCAAUGGACUUAAUGCUCAAAAACCGAAGCCUGUUGAGUACAAGCCAUACAGACCCAGGCCCAAGUAUUCCUUUGAUGACUUUGAGUUAGAUGAUGACCCAUUACCAGUGGCUCCAACAAAACCUGGUCCUCAGUCGACGCCCACACAGCCGACACGACCUAACACUCAGCCACAAUCUAAACCCGCAGUUCAGUCAAAACCCACAGUUUCGUCACAUCUCGCCAACCAGGCAAAACUCAAAGCUCAGACCACACCUGCUGGACAGAUUUCAGGUCAGUCGAAGCCAACCGUUGCUGCUGCAGCUCAGUUGAAGCCGGCAGGUCCUACAGCGCCACAGUUAAAGCCUGUUGCAACAACACCCCAGUCAAAGGCCACAGCUACAGCUUCUCCGAAAGCAGUUCCUCCAGCUAGACCUCAAAUGAAGUCUCCUGUUUCGACAACACCUCAGUCAAAAGCCGUUUCAGCUGCAGCCCAGUUCAAGCCCACUGCUGCUGCUGCUGCCUCACCUCAGUUAAAGCCUGCUGGUGGUGGAAGUACAGCUCAACUCAAGCUGUCGACGGCGUCUGAGACAAAGCCUGCUGCUGCUGCUCCGAAGGCCGGUUCAGUGCCUCAGAAAACCUCAAAUCCACCGUCAUCGGAAGACAGCAAAUGCAAGGAUACAGCUGAUCCCACCCACUCUGUUCUCUCUGAGGACAGCUCCAAAGUGUCUGAUGACACACACAAGUGUGAAGAAAAGCCUGCAGUCACUGAUGCGGAUCCUUCUCCGGAGAAUCAGACCGAAACACUCAAGACAGCUGACAAGACAUCGGAAAAACCUGAAAAUGGAGAAGCGAAGCCACAGGAUGGCAGGGCUCCGCUUUCUGAGGCUUGUCUGCAAAAAGAAGUGAAGAAACUAAAGGAGACUGACAAAGACAGCACCCAAACCAUUAUUGAUGCAGGACAGAAGCAUUUUGGAGCAGUGGCCUGCAAUGUGUGCGGGAUGCUCUACUCUGCUGCCAACCCUGAAGAUGAAUCCCAGCAUUUACUCUUCCACAACCAGUUCGUCAGCGCUGUCAAAUAUGUGGGAUGGAAAAAAGAGAGGAUUCUGGGAGAGUAUCCUGAUGGCAAGAUCAUUCUAGUCCUGCCAGAUGAUCCCAAAUAUGCUCUGAAGAAGGUGGAGGAGAUCAGGGAGAUGGUGGACAAUGACCUCGGCUUCCAGCAGGUGGAGACCAAGUGUCCCUCUAAGACCAAAACCUUCCUCUUCAUCACCAACGACAAGAAAGUGGGUGGAUGCCUUAUUGCCGAGCACAUACAAGAGGGAUACAGGGUGAUUGAGGAGCCGAUACCGGAGGGUUCAGAGGGAGAAAAGUUGAUGUUUGAGCGCCAGAGAGCUUGGUGCUGCUCCACAACACCGGAGCCGGCCAUCUGCGGGAUCAGCCGAAUCUGGGUCGUCAACAUGAUGAGACGCCAGGGCAUCGCCUCACGCAUGCUCGAAUGCCUCAGGAACAACUUCAUAUACGGUUCAUACCUGAGCAAAGACGAGAUCGCUUUCUCCGACCCCACUCCUGAUGGAAAACUCUUUGCCACGCAUUAUUUUGGCACCUCUCAGUUUUUGGUUUAUAACUUUGUGAGUGCAACACGCUCGGCCCCGCCCAAAACUGACGCAGUAUGACAGUAACAAUGGAUUAAACAGAGACGCCCACUGGCCAACAGGACGCAUCAUCACAAAGUGGUCAUGCAGAUUCUGUAUGUGCAAAACAAUUUUUAAAAAAACAACUGUAAAUUACUCCUUGAAGAGGACACACAUUGGUUUAAAUCUCAGGAUGAAAACAACAUAGUGUUGUUGAAAAAUGUUAUUAAUUCACCCUUUAAUCCCUCCCUGAAUAGUAUUUUGAAAAAAAAAGUAUUUUCGUUAUACAUUUUUAACAAUUGGUUUUAUUAGAAGUUUACAUGCAUGACCCGACAGCAAUAGGAAACAAAGAGCAUUUCAUUGUUUUUUUUAAUUCCUUAGAAGCGUAAGGCUGCAUUAAAUGAAAUGAUUAUUUUAGAGUUUUGUCCUCAUUUUGUUGAAAGGGGUAGAUUUUUUUGAAAUGGAGAUUUAUGGAGUGUUUAUCCUUUAACAGUGUAUUACGUACAGUAGAUGUCAGUCAGCACGCUCCAGGCUGCUUCUCCAAACUGGGGACGCUCCGACUGCCAUCUACUGUUUGUAACUGACUUUAAAUAAGUACUCUAUACAGCCCCACUUCAAAAAGUGCAAACUGUCCCUUUAAGUGUUUCUAACUUACACAAUGUAGUAAACUGAGUGUACAUUGAGGAGUUUUCAUGUUCAUCUCUUCACAGUUAAAAGUGAUGCCGCCGUCGUCUCAAGUUGCGGUUUAGGCCGCAUCGAUAAAAGGUCACAAUUUCUAUCGGGCGGUUAAAAAUCAGUCCCCCGGACUUCACCGUCAUGUUUUAUUGUAACAUUUCAAAGUAGAUGAUUUAAGCGGAGGGACUCAUAUCAACGAUCUGGUUGAAGAGACGUGGGUUGGAACUGUAGCUUGGGCAUUAACUGUGUGCUCUGAUUUUCGGAGGUCACCUUGCCUGAUAGUUUUCCAAGCUGAGCCAUAAACUGUUCACCAUUUAGCAGGGCAUUGUAGCCUUUACUGUAUGAGUGACGUUUUCUAAUUUCACAGAGGCUGUCUAUUGCUUUGUUUGUGCCUGAAUGAAUAACGUGUGACUUACGAUUUGUUUUUGUUUUUUUAUGGCUUUUUAUUGAUUUAGCGUAGAGUAUCAUCCUCCUAUUCCUUAGUAACAACAAAUUAAAAUGUAUAUCAAAUUAUCAUGUAGACUUAUGCAUACUAUAACAACACUUCUAAUGGAUGAGCAAGGUCUUGAGGCUCAGGUAUUAAAAUGGUAUUUGAGUGAUGGUAAAUGUCAUCCGGGUUCUGCCUUUAUGAGUGCAAACAGGAAUAUCUGCUCAGUGAUCAACGCGAGGGGUUUAGACGAACCUCUGCCCCUCUCAACACAGAUUUACAGCAUCAUCGUACUCCAUCCCUUAUUUUCUUCUUCCUUCUCGUUAAAGCUUUUAGAAAGAUGUGUCGUGUAAGAAAAAGAAAUUUGAUUUAUACGAAGCUGUUAUGUAAAUAUUUAU